UUCUUUUAUCAUAAAUAUUUCCUCCUCGCCCAGAAAACCACCGACCUUCACUCCCCGCCGGGCUGUACCACCGCGCCUUCCACAAACCGACCCUCACUAGAUGUCAUCGCCAUGGGGGACAGCAAGUACCUGCACCCUGUGGCCCUAACCUGGAGCCAGGGGCCACAAAAACUGAAGAAGCUGAAAAAUAAACUGCAGCUGUAUUUCGGGAGUAAGAGCAAAUCAGACGGAGGAGAGUGCGAGAUCCGAGACCCCGACUGCACCCGGGGGUACAUCCUCAUACACUACAAGGAGGAGACAGCACGGGAUCGGGUUCUGCAGAGGAAAACUCAUGAACUGAAAUUACCGGAUGGAACGACAUUACAGCUGGAAGUCCGAUUACCGGAAGACAUACGGAGGAGAGAGACCCCCCCACCCCCACAGGACAAGGCUGGGGAUUGUAAAUCCGAGAAGAGACAGAAACUCUCAGGGAAACCAACUCUAGAGAAAGAGGUGCCACCCAACCCUCCGUCCUCUCCGGUUCCGGUUCUGAUUGAAAACAUCCAGGACAGCUUCACUCCGGAGAUAUUGAACCUCCUGGUGGAGAACAUCAGUGACAGAUCCAUGGACACCGACUUCUACAUAGAGAGGAUUCCGGAGAUCCAAUCAGCCGUCAUCACCUUCACAUGUGAUACAGAUAUUGCCGAUUUCAUUGGAAAAUUCUCCGGGAGCCCGAGAGUCAAACAGCAUAAAAUAACGGCGAAGAGUCUGGAGGAAACCAGAAGCGUCCGAGUGGAGGGGAUCCCCCCCGACACCCCGGAGGAAAUGGUCACACUUUACUUAGAGAGCGCAAGGAACGGAGGAGGGGAUGUAGAAGAUGUGACGAUGUUAUCAGAUGAAGGAGCCGCGCUGGUCACAUUUCACCAGGCAGGAGUUGUAAAGACGGUGAUGACAAAGCAGCAUGUGCUCAAUAAUAAGACAAUAUCGGUGUACCCAUAUUACCCAUCCAUUGGACAUUGCUUGUAUGGAAAGGACGGCCCUCAUAUACAAUUACCUAAUUCGGUAGAAAUCCCCAUCAGUCCACAUAUACUGGCAUUUAUUUUGAAGGAUGAACAGAUAAAACGAAAUGUUGAAAAAUUAUUGGCAGAUGUUUCCUGUGAUAUCACAUGGCCGAAUGUAGACCAACCCACUCCUGUCAUCAAACUGUCUUUGUCUAGGAACCUCUCCAGUCAUCUCCGAACCUUGGCAAAGAUCGUUCCAACAUGGAGCGAUAACGUCCACAGAAAAUUUUAUGCUUUUAUUUCAAAGUAUAAAGCCGCAGAGUGCGACCUGAAGCCACCAGUGUGGGAAGCCAUCAAAGAAAAGAUGUCUAGCCCCCAAUAUGAUGGAGUCCUCAUAAAACCCGACUUAGCUGUGGAGAAGGCUUUCAUUGUGGGUAUUUCAGAAGAUGUUAAGAAGAUUGAGCCAAUAUUCAGAAAACUGGUAGAGGAAACCACCAGACAGCUGAGCAGAGUGGAAGAAGAAGUGCCUCUUGAACCCGAAGCUUAUAAAUUAAUGGAGGCUCAUGGUCUGGAGAAAAGCAUCCUGGAAGAGUCUCCACAUGUGAAGAUUAGUUAUGAUGGAACUUCUAAGGCCGUCAAACUCUGUGGGCCAAGAGAUGAAGUGCUCACUGCCAAAUGUGAAAUUCUUAAUAAUAAGCAAGGCCUGAACUACAAAUUCAUUCAGCUCGACGCACACAUCAUCAAGUUUCUGAAGGCAGUGGAUAAUGGAGAAUUGUCAUGUAGCCUUCUUAUGAAAAACAACAUAAAAGCAGCUUUUCAGGUGAAGGAUAAUGAAGUCAUGUUAACUGGUUACUCCGAUAAAGAGCUGAGAAAUGGUGAAGAAACCGUGAAGAAGGAAUUGGCCUGUAAGAGGAUUUCUGUUGAAGAUAAAAGUGUCACUGAGAGUCCGGAGUGGAGAAAUCUGAAGAGCUUCCUGAAGGAAAUGUUUAACACUAAUGGGGUGACAGUUUCUAUAGAGGAGUUCCCGGUGAGGGACGGAGCUGAGGUGGUGAUCACUGGUCUAUCCUCACCUGCAGAAGAAACCUACCAGCAGAUCCAUGACUUUGUGGAGAAGAACACUUUGGUGGAGAAGGACAUCAAGCUGAAGUCAAUGGCCGUGUUGCAGUUUAUGGAAGAAAAAAGGAAACCAGAUUGGAAUGGAAUAAUACAGAAUGUGAAGGUUGCGAAGAAACAGAACUUCAUCUCCUUGUCUGGCUCAAAGUUCUAUGUAGAGGAGGCAGAAACCAGCAUAGGAAAAAUGAUUUCCAAAAUAUAUCCUCACACCCUAUACAUUAAUAAACCUGGGGCCAAAAAAUCCUUUAUUGAAAAUGAAGACAUGUAUGUUACUACAGUAUGGAACAAACACAAAUGUGUGAUGCACUUACAGAAGGAGGUAGAUGACAGGAUUUCCCAUCUAAAUGAGCUCCAUUGCCAAGUCAGCCUCCAGAAUGGAGCCACAAUGGUUAUAUAUAAAGGGGACCUCUACAAACACAAUGCUGAUGUCAUCAUAAUUGCCUCAAAUGAGAAUUUAAAGCCCACUGGGGGACCAGCACUGGCUUUGGUGAAAGCUGCAGGACCCGGUCUUCAGAAGGAAUGUGAUCACAUUGUUAAGAAGAAAGGGGCGCUAAAGCCGGGAGAGUGUGUCAUGACAGAUGUGAGUAAUUUACCGUGUAAGAAGGUAAUUCAUGCAGUUGCACCCAAACUGGAUAAAAAAGGAAAUUCAAAAUGUGAUCGUCUUCUACGGAAAGUGAUAACCGAGAGCUUGGAGAAGGCUGCAGAGAUUGGCCAAAGCUCGGUUGCACUAUCUCUUGGUGAUUUUGUUACUUCUGGAGCUUCUUUGGACCUGUUUGCCCAAAACAUUGUAAAAUCCAUAAAAUCUUACGCAGAAAACCAAGAAGGAGCCAACACCAUCAAAAACAUCCAUCUUGUGGACAGUGAUGAAGGCGUUCUAAAGACUAUCACCGAAUUCUUAAAUGAAGAGUUUGAAGAUAAACAUGUCCAGGUUCCUUUCAAACAUGGAAUGAAAAAGAAGAAGACGACUCCAAAGAAAGAAAGGGUGAACAAACCCAACGAUCAAAUGGUGACCACCAAGGAAGGGUUGAACAUCAAUAUAAAACAAGGAAAUAUUGAAGAUGCAACGACCAACGUGGUGGUGAACAGUGUGGGGACAGAGCUAAAUCUCCGUUCUGGAGCCGUGUCCAAGGCUCUGUUCGGGAAGGCCGGAGCCAACCUCCAGGAUCUUCUGACUACAGAGAGACAAGGGAAGCAGGUUGAGGACGGCUCCAUAUUUGUUACCGAUGGCUGUAACCUGUCCUGUGACAUUGUUAUCCACGCCGUGGUUCCAGAGUGGGAUGGUGGAAAGGGUUCUUCUGAGAAGAUUCUGAGGAAAAUUCUGAUUGAUUGUCUGAGCACCGCAGAGACCAAACAGUACGGAUCCAUCACCAUCCCAGCAAUCGGAACUGGAGUUCUAGAAUUCCCCAGGAACAUUGUGGCUGCCUCCAUGUAUGAGGAGAUUCUGGAGUUCAGCAGCAAAAAUCAACCCAAAUAUCUGAAAAAAGUGGAUUUCAUGCUUCACCCGAGUGACCCGGAAACUAUAAAGGCUUUCUCCUCUGAGCUGGAGAAAAAGAUCGGCACUGGAGGACAGAAGAAAGAUAUAAAACCCCAAUCUUUCUUCGGGAAUGUGAAAAGCCCGGCGCAGAAUGUUUAUGAAAUGAAGAUUGGAUCUCUCACCUACCAGGUGAAAAUUGGAGAUAUAACGAAGGAAAAGUGUGACGUCAUCGUCAACUCAACCAAUAACACGUUCAACCUUAAAUCAGGAGUCUCUAAAGCCAUCCUGGAAGGAGCCGGACCCGGUAUAGAAAAUGAAUGUGCCAUUCUCGGAACCCAACCCAACAACGGGUACGUGGUCACACAAGCAGGAAACCUCCAUUGUAAGAAUAUAGUACAUGCUACCGGCCAAACUAAACCAGAUUCAAUUGGGCAAUGUGUAACAAAUGUCCUGCACAUGUGCGAGAGACAACGAGCGACCUCAGUGGCCUUCCCAGCCAUGGGGACAGGUGCCGGCGGUGUGUCUUCUGCGCCAGUGGCUGACGCAAUUCUAGACGCCGUGGUGGAUUUUGCCAAAUCGAAAUCAGCCAUGACCGUCCAACACGUGACGAUGGUAAUAUUCCAGCAACCAAUGUUAAAAGAUUUCCAUACCAGCAUGACGAAGAAGGAGCCGCCACCUGCAGCCAAACAAACCUCUUUUUUUUCUUGGAUCACAUCGAACAUUUUUGGGACAUCUAACAAAAAAAACACCAAAGAAGAAGAAGAAGAAGAGGACGAAGUAGAAGAACCCAAAGUCUUUGAGCUGAGAGAAAACAUUGAGCCGGCCAUUAUCCACCUGUGUGCCGAGCGACAAGAAUCUGUGAAAGCCGCCUCAGACUAUCUCCAGGGUCUCGCAACAAAGGAUCAGCAUGACAAUACGAUCGCCGAUCCCUGGAUACAGGACUUAGAUGAUAAGGACCAUGGGGUUCUGGUUCAGCUUCAGAGGGACAAUGGGGUAUAUAUUAAUUUCGACUCACCGCAGUCCACCAUACAGGUGACGGGCCUCACCAAGGACGUUCUGGAGGUCAGUAAUAAGAUCCAAGCCAUGAUAAAAGGUGUGCGGGAUCGGAAGACGCGGGAACGAGAGGCGGAGAUGUACAGUAACGUGGUGGAGUGGGGACAUUACCAAGGCACCAACUUUAUUCCCUUCGACAAAAUGACCAAUUCGGAGCUGGAAAAGGCUUUUACUAACAACAGUGCCGUGGAUGUUCAUAUCGCCGGUGUGAAAUACAAGGCCAUCGCAGAGCGAAAAACAGCAUUGGAUCCCAAAGGAAAAACAAUCAAACUCCAUAGGAAUCCAAAAAAUGCCGAGUCUCUGGUAACCCCCCCGUAUUGGGAUAAGAUGGACAACACCCAGCUGAAGGUGGUCCCGCUGACCAGCAGCAACUCGGACUACUCAGAGGUCGAAGGGCUCUUCACACAGUCGUGUCAAAUGAGGAUAAUUAAGAUUGAGAGGAUACAGAACACGCAUUUGCAUCAGAACUACCAAAUAAAGAAAAACAGCAUCGAUACCAAGAAUGGCAACAAGAACAAUGAGAAGAGGCUCUUCCACGGCACAGACAGUGCGACAACAGAUUAUAUAAAUCAUAACGGGUUCAACAGAGCCUACGCUGGGGCCAAUGCUGCGUUGUUGGGAAAAGGAACGUAUUUCGCUGCUGAUGCCAUUUACUCUGCGGACGACACAUACUCCAAACCGGAUACAAAUAAAUACAAGUACAUGUACCUGGUCCGCGUCCUCACCGGGGUCUACUGUGUGGGGAAUGCCGCGAUGAUCAUCCCUCCAGCCAAGAGCCCAUCAAACCCCACCGACCUGUACGACAGCGCCACAGAUAACAUAGCGACACCCUCAGUGUUCGUGAUAUUCAAUGACGUCCAGGCCUAUCCGGAAUAUCUCAUCACCUUCACCAAGUGACCUCAGAGAACACGACGAGGACUACGGGGGAAGUGUCAAGACUCUCAGCAGCUUCCCUGAACAGCUCGCAGCAUCGCCUGACAAGAUCACUCCUCUUGUGUGCGUCUUCCUCCACCUUCCGGCGUCACCGGCCUUCCCUUAAAGUGCCUGAAAGUAACUCUGAUCAUCAAACCCCCCCUCCCCCUCUGAUCAGCUUCGGAUGGAACUCUCUAACUGUAAAGUGCACCUGUAGCCGGGCAAUACAAGAUCAAUACAGAGAAGGGGAAGGCAAGACUCCGAUUAGCUUUGAUUUUCUGCCUUUCACCGCCGUUCAGAGAUUUUUUUCUCACUUCCUGUUUGGUGAAGGGAAAUAUAAUUUAACCCCUUGCUUACUGGGCACAUAUACCCCCUUC